AUGUUCCUCCAGCGCUACGUGCACGUGGUCCUAGACGCUGUGCUAGGCAGCUACGUCAAGAACAUUGACCCAAAAGCUCUCCAGAUAAGCGUAUGGAACGGCAAGAUCGAGGUCAAGACCGUGGAGCUCCAGCCGGACGCGUUUCCACUGCCAAAGCAGAUGCGACUAGUCAAAGGGACUCUUCGGCAGCUCCGUAUCGACCUCCCGUGGACGAACUUGGCGGGUCAACCCAUUCGAGUGGAUAUCGAGGACGUGAGUCUACUGCUUGAGGUUUGCACGGACGACCGCGCGGCGUCUGACGCUGUGGCACCGACGCCAGAAGAGCAGCGACGUGCGGCGAAGAAGAAGCAGCAGGACUUAAAGCGCAAACGUGCGGCUAUUGACGCUGUAGAGAAGGCAACAGAGUUCAACGAGCAAAACAAUGCACAGACUGAUGUGGGACAGAGCUGGACGCAGAGCUUUCUGUGUAAGCUGCUGGUCAAGGCACUUGACAACGUGCAGGUGCAUGUGCAGCAUCUGCAUUUGAGGAUGGAAGAUGCAGUGUCGGACCCUGGAUGCCCCUACGCUGUGGGCAUGACACUGGACGCCAUCAUUAUCAAGUCAGCGGACGAGGGCUGGAACUACACGAUGGUAGGCAGAGGCACGUCCCCACCGCACGGCAUGUCGUUCAUUAGAAAGAAGAUGGAUGUCAACAAGUUUGGCAUCUACUGGUCCCUGCCACUGGUGCCAGUGCCUGAGACAGCAUUGAACGAUGCUGAGGCGUUUGCUGCGUUGAUGAGGAGCAGCUUCAAGCCUGCAAAGAAGCAAACCCAGCCGCAAGUGGUGCAGCCAGUGCCGUCACCUCUGACUGAAUCGGCGAGAGCACAGGAUGCGACAAUGCUGAUGCUGUUUAAACCAAGUGACUACAUUGUGCACCCGCUGACGGUUUCAAUGAAGCUGACAAUAAAUGACGGUAAUGCAAAGUUGUCCAUUACGCAUCAAGAGCUGAGUGAGCGCGUACUGUCGAGACUUGGGACGUCAUGGAUGGUGGAAACCAUUGACGCCAUUGGCGAUGACGCAUGGAACGAUUUUCUAAAGAUCAUGCCAAAGUUGGCAGGGGAACGCAAGUAUACGUUGGGGUUUGUGUUUUCGGAGGCGUGGUCAGUGGCAAGAGAUCUUACAGAAGAAGAGGACGAGAUUCCGUCAGUGUUGCAGUUUAAGAGAGCUUUGUCAAGCUGCAUGCAGUGGUCUUUGGAAGAGGUGGAUCGCGUUGAGCAGUGUAUCAUCAGAUACCGGGAGGCGGUUGUUCACGUGAUGGAAGAGAAAAGUACGUACAUUGAUGCACAAGCUAGUAUCGAUCAGAUCGGUACUUCACUACACCGCCAGCAGUACCUGAGCGCGCUUUCCUUCAUUUCGUUUUUCACGGCAAUGCGUCGUCAGGCCCGAUACCUCGUACUGCGUCCAAAAAGAAUUCGUGUGAGGAACGACCCGAGGGCUUGGUGGAGAUAUGCAAUCAAUGCUGUGUUGUUGGAUGUCCGGGAGCGUUUGGCCCACGUGGAUUGGGGAGCACUCGAAACGAAGCAACGGCAAAAAGACCGGUACAAGAAAUUGUGUAUACUAGUGGAACACAGUACGACGUUUGCGGCCACACUCGUUCCGUCGGACAUGCGCUUGCUGUCCAAAGAAAUAGCGUGCAGCGAGCUGGAGGACCUGGAGUAUGUCAUGGAUGUUCAAGAACUGAUCAAGCUUCGUCGGGCCGUGCGUAAGGAAAUUGCCGACACAGAGAAGGAGCAGCAAGCUCUGCGAAGCAAUGGAGGAAGUGACUACAGGAGUGGUGGACGUCCCCCUCUGGGUCCCGAACCCUCCACUGGCGCGCGCCUCUGGUCGUACGCCGCAUGGCUUACAGGUGCUAGUGGAUCAGCAUAUGGGUCUACAGACCAUGGUGCUGGAGAAGUCCGGGUGGAGGAUGUGAAAUGGAGUGACCAAGACGCUAACGAUCUUUAUAAAGCGAUUGAUUUUCAUCCGAAGAGAGAAAAGGUGAUCGAAGAACUUGACAACGAUGAGGUCAAAGAUGCGGCUGAACGAGAGAAACAGUUGCUACAAAACCACCAGCACAUCUUAUAUCGCUUCCAACUCACCCUAUGUCGGGCCAGCUUCGAGCUCAGUCUUGAAGAUGUUCACACCGAUUUACGUGAUCGCAGGGAAUAUAGCAAUGUGGAGCUGUCGUCAUCAUCGUGCUUGAACGCUUCGUUAGAUGACGUAGAGAUCCAAUUCUUGGUACGGCCGUCAAGCGUAGAAUUGGGCCUUCAACUACGUGAUGCUUUCUUUAGUCAGGGUUCUAGGCUGUCGGUGCACGACGAAUCGUCAUUAGAAAAGCGGUCUGUGAGUUCGUCUGGAACCCGCUUUUUUCUUCAGCGUAUGGACAUCGACGAGGUCGUGGAAUACCAUCCUGUUGGAGUUCGUAAUCAAAUGAGCAGCGUGCGGCUUCGCUAUUGUGAGAAAGAGCUGCCUCUGGUGCAGCUCAGCAUUGAAUGUGCUCGCCAGCGUAAAAUCGGAAUGGCUUCGGACUCAAUGAAUGCCAACGGGGAUGUUGCGCUGGCUACAAGGGAUGUCGCACUGGCGGCUAAUCUGUUUAGGGUGUCUUUGGUGACACAACCAAUUCGAUGCAACGUCAACUUGAUGUUUCUCCUGAAUGUGAUGGCUGUUUUUUCUCGCCCAGUGAACGUGGAUUUAUCCGGACUUGAGCACAGUGCUUGGAAAAAAGCGCAAAGUUUGCAACGUUCCAGUGCUGCUCAGCUGCGAGAUGCGCUGGCCCGAAGAACGAUGGUCGAAGUGCGCUUAGACGUGAUUUCUCCUCUAAUUAACUUUAUUCAGGCAACAAUGCCGGAGACGAGAGUCUUCAAAGGUGACGAGGUGAGUCUGUUGGUAUUUCUUGGUCAUCUAAAGGCACAAACGAAACACCCGAGCGACGUUAUGGACGAAAGCAAAAUGACGGAAGAGUUGGGUGACUGCACGAUGGGAACAACCGCGAGCCAGAUGGUUGUUCUGGCCCCGUCGGAGGAAUGUCUAUAUGACGUUCUCGAGAUCAAUAUUUCUGGUAUUGAAGUACAGAUUAUCGAUGGUGAAAACAUCAGUGGUGGUAAUCGGGUUUUUCUAUCGCGGAUCCACUCCUGCAAGAAGUCUUCAUGGCAUUACUUGCUGGAAAAGACAUCUCUGACAUUUAACUUUUACAUGAGCGUCACACCAGACGACCCGAGCAUUCCUCUUCUGAAGCUAUCUGGCGGAGUUGACCACGUCAACUUGAACUUGUCCGCGAGAAGUUUCCGCUCGUUGGUACAGCUGAUGCAUUCAUUUGGCGAGAACUUGUCACUUCAUGCUACACGCCGCAUGCGCAAAGAUAUGGCCGCAGCCGCCCACAAAAUCGACCACCCCGCGCGGUAUCUAGCGACUGCUGUAUCACGAUGCCGCAAGCAGAAAAUCGUACGAAAAGCUUCCUCGUAUAUGAAUCUCGGGGAUAUCGCUUUAUCCAGUAGCGAUCCAGGUGGAAGGCAUACUACAGCGUCUGGCAAUAGUCCAUACACACAUUUAUCAAAAAAGAUUCAACUCGAGCGCCAAAAAACAUUUCGAGAAAAGGAAAUCGACGACAACGAUUUACUUAAGCUGUGGGAACGCGUGAUUUGUCAGCUUCAAUUUGGAAUCGGAGAGAUAAUUCUCACGCUGCAAGUUCGAGAGCCAGGCAACGGCUCAGGAAAAACUGUAUGUGUGCGUGCAGUUGAUAUUAGCACGCGAUUGCAAAUACGGUCCUACGAUAGAAGGUUAGACUUUGCGCUUGGUACACUUUUGGUGGAGGACAUUCUUCUCUUGAGGUCGUCAUCGUCAUCAAAAGUGGUGGAAAAAAAGCGGUUUCUCAUGAAAUCAGGAAAUCACGAAGUGGUGAUUGACGCGGAACAGAAGUCAAAAGAGGAACCUAUUAAACCUCCAACUUCGUCGGAACAACUGAUUCAUGUGGCGAUUACGGGUAUUGCGUCUGAUGCUGUGAUGUUGAAGGACAAACAGCUGUGGAAAAGUGUCCGGCAUGCGCCUCUUUCGUCGUCUUCUGGCAAGAAUUCCGUUUGGCAGGAUCCGCUUAUCACCGCCCUAUCGGUUGAUGCUAGCUUGCGAGUAUUAACGAUUGAUGUCUACCAAGACACUCUCGCAGAUGUCUUCGUAUUCUUUUUUCGACAAAGUAAGGAAGAUGCAGACGUAAAAAUGCAGGCUCUACGACCACCUCUUCUAUCAUUGCGAAGCAUCGGUGAGGGAAGCACAACCGGCAGAAACGAUUUGGCUACCAACAUAGAUGACCAAUCUGCCCUGUCGCCGGUGGAUGCGCAGGCAAAUGAAAAUACAUUUUCAAGGAAGUUAGGCGUGUGGGUGACAUCUUCAUUCUUAGACAACCACCUUGGUGCCAGCCCUAAGAGGGAAGACGAGCAACAAACAGCGGCAAACAAGCAAUGUGGUAUCGCAGAGGAAAACCAGCCAGCCGCGAUGCAGUCUCGCCUUAAUGUGGAAGGUUUGUCGUUGUUUCUCCAUUUAGACGACAAGCAAAGACUGGAAGGGAUGUCGUCAGCGUUUGCUAGUUUGACCGCACAGCAAUUCUGCUGCUGUGUACAGCGGUUUCCACUUCACUUGAGCGUGUUUGCCUACUUGACCUCAUUGAAAAUCCAUGAUGUAUCGCUAUUGGAUCAGCAUCUCAGUGAGAUCGUAUCUCACGGAGACACAUCCACUAAACCGGACGAAGAUAAACUGUGGAAUGAUCGCGAUGCUGCGUGUGAAUACGAUGACGACAUCGCAUUGGGUCAUAUUCCAACACAAUGCGAGAUUCUGAACUUGCUUGAUCGCGUCCCUGCAGUGUUUUCGUGCGCGGUGCAGUUUUACGGCGUGGACACUAUUCAAGAAGUGUGGCAUCCAGGCUACAGUAGCCGGUAUACUGUGCGUCUCAAGUCACCGCGGAUCCGCUUUCUCUACAGUUUUGUUGAUGAUAUGUGCAACUACUGGAUGAAGGGCGUUUUGCUGGCGACAAUAUUAUCUAUCUUGUCACGUGAGCAGACUGAUACGCUUUGGGAGGGCGAUUUUCAGCUUGCCGGUAUUCAAGGAAGCCCUGCCUCCCAGAAGGGCAAUGAAGAGGAGGAAGACGCUAAAGUUGAAGCAUCGUCGAGUACGAUCUCGAGCCCUGAUGUUGUGUCGAUGUUCCCGCUCAUUGAUAUUUACCUGGAAGAUGCUGUAUUGGAAAUGCCCCCUCAUCGUAUGUCAUCGGAAUCGCUGUUAUUACGCUUUGACACUUUCCGUGCAUCUAACAGAAACAUCGUUGAUAGUUUCCUUGGUAUGGAAAAUCGUGUCGUGGCAAAAGUGCUUUUGAACUCGUCACUAAAGCAGCUGCAACUUGACAUGAAAGCUCUUCGGAUUGUUUCGGUUAUUCUUAUGGACCACAAUGAUGCGGAUAAGCGUCUAGAAAGUGGCGGGCUUAUUACGCAAAGUUUGUUAGGACUUACGAACUAUUCACUGUCCGUAGAUUUCCGCUCACAUGUUGAUAUGAAGGUGAGCAUAAUUUGCAGCCCUGUUCGCUUGGUUUGCAAUCAAGACCAGUACGCCUUCGUAUUGAGAGUACCAUUCCAGAACUAUCGUGAACGCACCCGGUAUAACUUUCGUCCAGGGGCUGAAGUACCAGCGAGAGUUGUAGCGCGCGCUUCUUCUCGCCGACUCUUCUUACGCCAUAGUGUCGACGGGUUUUCGUCUUCCGGGAGGUUUAUAGAGGACGGUGACGAAGCUAGUGACGGGACGAGCGCGUCCGAGGUUCCAGAAGCUACAGAAGAACACCACAUCAUCUUUGAUCUCCAUGUUCCAGAAAUUACGAUGGAAAUCUUGCAAGGGCAACACGGGUAUCACCCCUCAAGCAGUGGUGACCUUGACAUGGCCAAGAAGAGCAAGGCGAAUGACGCCUCGAUCUGCCUGUUAGCUCUAUCUGUAUUAUCAGCACGCGCCAAUUACGAUUUAGUCAAUCAAAGGCUGACGGCAGAUGUUGAUUUGGAGGGUGUUCACAUUCGAGACUCACGAGUACAUUCGAAAAUGUCAGCCUCGUACCGUGAUGUUAUUGUGUUCGAGCGGUGCAGGGAUGGACUGCCGAAAGCAGUCAAGCUCCAGCUGGUGCGCGAAAAUUUUGACGUGGGUGUAUCGACAAUACGUUUCGAUCCGCAUCGACACAAAUUGCGAGCUUCCGGAACGAGGUUUCGGCGCACCUCGUCUAGAGCUUCCGUAGGAUUGUUCGGGUCGGAGAUCUCCCUAAGACGAACUGAGUCUGAAAUUUCUGCCUACUCGCUGAAGUCACCGACAGUGGCAAACCGCGGCGUGCAUUGUGACAACCCUAGAGAGAAGACGCCUUUCUCUUCACUGGUAGGAGUGGAGGAAAGAAUGGAACUGGUGAUUGAUGUGGCUGGGUUCAAGGUCAUACCAUCCAACAUCCACUAUGAAUUGAUCGAGUUUUUAACAACGCCCCCGAGUUGGAGUACAGAAGACGUUGACUCUGUGAGUAGUCGAGGUAAUGAGGAGACAGGGAAUGCUAACUCAGAAGAAUCAACGGUGGUGCCGCCAACAUAUCGGCGGAUUGGCUUGGAGCUGAACUUGGGCCCGUCCGCAUUUCUGUUAGUAGAAGAUCCUUACAAACUCAAAUCUCGAGCAAUGGUGCUGUCAUGGGAGUCGUCAUUGAUUCUAAACUAUCUUCGACAAACAAAUGAAGACGAAUGCCCGGACGUCGAAGGCAUCGGCGAAGAGUAUCCUGCGCACAGUCGAAACCAGUUGCAAAUUUGUGUUGAUCUGGAAAACAUAUACGCAACUUCGCGAUUGUCCGAGGAAAGCAUAUGGGCAGCUGAGCAAGCUGCAACAGCAGCGUCUGCUGAUUGCUUGAAGCCUAUUGGCAUGGAGAGUGUAUUCCAAGUCGAUCUUCGCUCUCACUUUGUCCGCUUCCAAACCACGUUCGACCGCGUGAUGGAACUCCGCUUUGGCUAUUUGGAUUUUUGCACGAUGCUUGCAGCUUUCGAACACGUUUUACGCAGGCCAUUAACGACCAGUCAGUCAAGUGCUCCUCGGGGCCAGAACCGGCGGUCGAUGUCCGGCUCAUCGAUUUCCUCUCUUUCAGGUGGGGGUGCGGAUAGCGAAUCUGCGUCUUGCGGUGGACGUCAGCAAUGCCCGUCGUCCCCGCGUUCAAGCCUCGCGCUCUUUAUGUUAAAGCGAUGUGAACGGCAGUGCACCGCUGCUCUCUACGGGACUUCUUUAAUCUAUUUGGUAUCAGCAAGUUUCCGCGGACGCCUGGAGACGCGACCAGUUGUUGGAUUCUAUAACUCGACAUGGCGCAAACGGUACCUUGUCUUGCCGUACACAGCACAGCAGCGUCAACUGGUUCAAAGUGUGGCGUUCCGGAUAUUGCCAGCAUCUGAAAGUCGCCGGCAAAUUGGCGACGAAGUAUACUACGGUGACAGAAUAAUAUUGGAAGCUGUGGUGACCACAAACCAGGAAAAGACCGAGGAGAAGUCUUCAAAAGUUACCUUGCUUUCGAAAGAGGAAGCAUCUGAUGCAUCACCCACCGCCGGCAAAGAGACAGUGAAGCUACCGCAUUCCACAUUAAUUCAGAAGUACGAUCAACUUGGUGCCAAUGGUUACCUCGGCCCAGAAGGGUCAGCUGGAGUGUUCGAGACCACGAUAUGGAAGCAUGGAAGUACUAUGUUUAACUCAGACAAGAGCGUAAUUUAUGAUCGAGAACUCAUCGUGUUUGAGGAGGUCACGAUAUAUCGCUCGUUCAGCAAAGGCAAAACGUUUGACGCAGCAAACGAUGCUGGUCAGCAAAUGGACUUCAACUUAUCUCGGUCGGGGCACCAAGCUGAGGGCGCGCACACGGUAGACGCAACAAGCGCGCGGGGCGGUGGUUACUUGAUGUUUAAUGGUGUCGGCGAUGCACCGAUUCCGUUUGCGUUAUCGAUUGUAUCAGGCACAUCUAGAGCUGGAUGCCCACAGCGCGAGGAGCAGAGUCCGACUGAUGCGGAUAAUGUUGAUACAGUCGGUGACGCCCUAAAUUCGUCGGCUGACGCUUCAGUCACUACGCAUCCCCCGGAGACCCCUUCGGCCUCAGCAAGGUCUGGGAAUAAAAAGCGCAAGUCUCUUUUCGCGUACGCCUCAUUCCUCGACAAUUUGAAGAUUUUGGAGUUUACACUUCCAGGUGUGAACGCGACAAUUGUAAAUGACUUUCACAACAUGCUUCUGCCGCUGCUUCAUUUCCGUGUGGCAGCGCUAAAUGCAGACAUCAGGGGAAGGAUAGAAUAUAAAUUUACAGCAUUGACAAGCCUGCGUUUUGGGAUUCAAGCAUACAACUCUCAACUGGCUGUUUGGGAGCCUGUACUCGAAGAUUUCGAGAUGAAUAUGGCAUAUCAUGGAAUGGGUGGUUUAUUGUGCGACUAUUGCAUGUCAGAGCGGCAAUCAGUGUCUCCCACAGGCGCUGCUCUGCGCUGCGAUGGCAUGCCGCUAUGCCUUUUUCGAUCUUCCCGAACUGAAGUGUUCACUGAUGCGGCCGCGCAUUCAUGGGAAUCGAAGAACUACAUCUAUCGCGAGCUACUGGAACAGCCUGAUGUUCAAGAUGGUGCCAAGUUGGCAAAUACCUUCAUGAUCGUGGCGAAAGACGACUUCAAUAUUAAUGUUUCGCGAAACGUGAUUAACGUACUAGUGCACUUCUUUGCAUUGGUGACUGAAGUGACCGCAGCUGACGAGGCCUUAUCAUCUCGGCUUGGUCCGUUCAUAUAUGUCGAUAAUCAGUCAGGCAUUCCAUUUGUUGUGGCAACGCAUCCUUCGUCAUCUGUUGGUGCAGCAAGCACAGCCGGGGGGACGCCAUCUUCGUCCCGAAGGCCGACUGGAUCAAUUGAAAUGCCUACUGAUGUUCCAGGUGCUGACACCAACGAUGAAAUCGUAAAGGCAGGGACAGCAAUGUUUAACAGCCUCGCUUGGAGUCGUCGUCGACUAUCGACUAUGCUAAGCGACAUUUCUUCUGCAGAUACAAGGUGGAUCCGAGUCGAAAGCGGGGAACGAAUCGCUACUGAAAUUGUAGCACAUGAAGCACCAGCAGGAUGUGUAACGUCGCCGCUACGUCGCUUGUUGUGGCUAAAGCCGCAAUCUCACUCACAAGGAAUAAAUUCUUCGAAAGCAAUCCCUGUGCCCAUUGGGUAUUCAAAUCGAAGCUAUCUUCAUCUGGAGAGCAGCGGCAAGCAACACGAUUCAUGGCAUGGAGAGAGCAUAAUUUGCGAGACAGUCGCAGAACAGGGCACGCUCGUACUGCGGCUUCGAGGGAAGGUACAGCUGAUGAAUUUCUACGAUGUACCGAUUCAAAUCAUCUACAACGAUCAACGGGAGGAGACAAUUGAGCCUGGUGGCAUGACAGCUCACUACAUUCCCAUUCAGUAUCUUGAUUCGGGGAGCAUUGCAUUUCGUCCACUGCUGUCUAAUGGAGAGGUUCAACGCUCAGAUGCCCUUUCAAUCGCAUCGCUAUUGCGUUCAAAUGACUUCAAAUAUUGUGGUCGCUCAAAGCGCCGUCAGAAUGUUGGGUCUCUCGAGCUACGCAAGGCGUUGACGUUUUACUGGGAUGUUCAUCCUAGCGUUGGAGUCGAGGAUGGUGCAGACGCUACAUUUGGUGUGUCGUUGCCACCGUUCCAAGUGAUUCUUACUGCACUGCGAAAGUCGGAACGUCACGAGACAACAAUAACGCUACGGCCACCAAUUGUUUUGGAGAAUCUUGUGCCUUAUGAACUCUCCUAUCGCACUGUGUGCAUGAAAUCAGAAGCUGAAGUCGUGUGGGUAGCAAAAAACGCGGCCUCUUUUUCCGGUGCAAACGGAAAGGUGCCGUCUGGAAGCAGUGCUUGUCUUGCGGGAUUGGAUAUAUUGGAGCGAGAUCUGGAGAACGGAGUGGUCGUGCAAACACCGACAGUGGUCGGAUUGAGCCUUGCACUUCCACAAAUCGAGCUGCGGAGAUUCUCAAGGUGGUCCAGCGAUGCGUUCAUUUAUGGUUGUCGAUCAUUUUGUGAGCGGAUCGAGUUGAAUAUGCGCGAUGACAGCGACGCAGAAGCUACUACGAUUGCAAACAAACUCACAAUCUGCGUUGAGAUUACACAGUUGGAAAAACUGCGGUCGCGAUCUCUAAAUACGCUCUGCCCAGUCGUGUGCCGAGUGUUCACGGAGUACUGGCUGAUCGAUCGGACGUCACUGUCGCUUGCAUUUUACACUGCAGAUGAUUACCUCAUUCCAUCCAAUCAUCCGGGUCGGCUGUACGAGGGCAACGGGAUCGAUGAUGACAACUCUUCCCCCGUGUCACUGUCGGUGUUCUCGUGUGAGAGCAAGCAAAGUGUAUCAAAGAUGAAGAUUGGUAUUAAGGGGAAUGAAGGCGAGCGUGAAGUGCAAUCUGAUCCAUUUGACAUCAGCGCUGUGGGAGUGCGUGGACAAAUUCUUGUACCCACCAAUCGGUCCCGUGAUGCUCGGUUUUUGCUGUCUACCAUCACCGAGUUUGGAGCACCACCAGGUAACCUGAAAUCAACUUUUACCCAGUAUGAAUUUGGUGUGAUGAUCGAGCAAGGCCCAGAGAAGUUUUUGCGAUCGCGUGUUGUAACAUUGGUUCCACGAUACUAUUUCAUUAACACGUCAAGCAGGUUUGAAAUUCACGUCCGUCAGGAGCGCUCAACAGACCCUAGUUCAGUGAUCAUGCUUCGUCCAAAUGACAGCAAGAUCUUCCACUGGAGCGAUUCACGAUUGCCAUUCCGGGUUCAGGUUUGUUUUGUGCGACCUGAUAAGCGCCACGACGCUCGUAACAUAGCCUCGUUUGUGAACUCGUCGCAAUGGACCGCGCCAUUCGAGCUUUCGGCAGUGGGUAAUUUUGUGCUUCGCGUAAAAUCGAAGGUCAGACCAGCACCACCGUGUCUUCCUGGCUGUUUCGAAGGAGGAGCUUCAAAUCAGAAGCAGGUUGAAGAAGUUGAAGACAUGGAAGAAGAAGAUGAUGAGCGCAAUGACGCUAAGCGGAUGCUCACCGAUGGAAUUCAGUUGAAUGUGGCUGUUGAGCUUCAUGAUCCUUCCUUUUUGGUGUAUUUGGAGGAGAGCAGCCCGUCGGUUCACGUCUCACCAUCACCAUUGUCUGAAUGCGAAGCGAACUAUCGAAAGCAUGCGCCGAACAAAAAGCAGAAGAAAGAAGACGAAGCAUUCGUGCCGUUUAAGAUCAAGAAUGAGUGCAGCAACUUAGCGCUGAUCGUGUGGCAAAAAACUCGCCUGAAAGAUGGCAAGGGAAAUGUAACAAUCGGCUUUGAGGGUGGAGAGUCCGUGCUUCCGUUUCAUUCGAUCGACUAUGUGCCAUUCCGCUUCUCCGCAUUCCCGACGGUGUUUAUACAGGUACAGAAAGUGGCUGGGCUGGGUGUUAAUGCAUUGCGCAAAAAACACGCAUUACGUGGUCACCACGGUGAUCGGAUGGACCCAAAGUCCUCAGGAACAGAGAGAAAGAAGGACGACUCACCAGUAAGUGCAAUUUCCCGAGCAGCAAUGUUGGACCAAGCCCACGUAGUCACAAGUUUUGAGGUACAGCUGAAAAAGCUCCAGUGUCUUCCGACAAUCGAUGUGUCUGAGGGCUCAACAAAGAAGCGACUAUGGGCCGAAGUGUUGCUGGAUGAAACGACGAAAACUUUGCUGGUGACUGAUAUGCUGCCGGGUUUCUCCGGCGAGCACAAGAGGCGACGACGGGCAACACUCCUUCGAAGUUGGAAGCGCUACAAUACAUCAAUCGUCUAUAUUUCGCAUAUGCUCUCGGCGCAUGCAGCUCAUCUUGCGAAUGGAUUGGACAAUGACCUGAUUCAAGAAGCGCCUGCACCGAAGAAGUGUGUGCGUUUUUUGACAGACAUUGCAAAAGUGAAGACCAAGCUCAGCGUAGAAGAGGAUGGAACCCUGAGGGCAACAAAACUAGCCUAUAAAGCUGACAGUAUCCCGUCAUCAACCGAAGGAGAGAAAGAGGUGGAAGCACUGGCACUCUGUGCUCGGCUUGUAGACGCUGGGCAUCUCGAAGAAGUGUUUCUUCAAGCUGGACGGAGCGAUCUGACAUCGUGUCAGCCGUUCAUUACAUUCUCAUUAAAGACUGCAGAGGGAGAAGUUCGGACGAAGCUUACUCCCCAGUCCUCAACAGUAUUUCCGCGCUGGCUGCCUGCACUUCACUCAAAGGCGACUUUAAGCGCUUUGGUGCUAUGCAACGAUAGUGGUGACGAGAAAAACGAGACGAGAUUAAACUACGAGUUCGGUACUGGUGCAGAGAUUAUUGUGGAGAUACGGGAAGCUGAUAAAGUUCUCUUCGGCUCGUCGAUCGUUGCAGCUACACGUAUUCCGUUGCAGGAAUACUGUGCUGCUGCUAUAAUCUCUUGCAGAAAUGAUGCAAAUUACGAGGCGCCAGUGGUAGAGUUUCUUGCUCCUGUGCGUUUGACUCAGACAGGUGGAGGUUGGCUUCAUCCUUUAGGAAACGAAACGCGAAUCCGUUUCCAAAUGUGUUGUCGACGAACGUCCACGACUCGAAGUGCCAUUGCUGAGCUUAAUGGAAAGGGAGUAAAUGAUCAUGACGCGGUAAAGGAGGUAACAGAUAUACUGUCUGCAUAUCAGCUGAAGAAAGAGCUGGACUUGCUGUUGAGCUCUAAGUCGCAGCUAAAAAUGUUGCUGGAGCACGAAGCAGUUGAUACGUCAACCAGUGGUAGUAAUAUCCCAGCAGCGUUGCGUCCGGCGCUGGACUGCUCAACACAAGAAGAGAAAAAUAAUUUUACUCUUUCGCACUUAGUUGCUGGUGGGGACGAUAAUUCUGCCGAUCCUUGUGGUCAAAAUGCUAACUCGAUUCGAGGGUCGGCUGCCUCGGUGACUACGGAUGGAUCCAUUAGCGACGGCACGUAUGACGAGAUGGUUGACGAAAAGCGGUUGACGGCCGUUCUAAUUGGCGUGUCGAAUCUGCAAAUUCCCACAGAGGUUAUUCGCGAUAACUUCAAGCACACGCAUCGAAAAGUCGAGCAUUUGGAGCCGAAGGUGUAUUGUACGAUCACUUACCAGAAGUCAACGCGCUCAGCGUUGUCAGCGAUUGCCAAGUCUUCGAGCGUAACAUCAUCGAUGGAGCAGGACAAGUCUGAUGACAGCAAAUCCACAUCGUCUGGGGGGACGUCAAUGGCAGGAUCGCCAAGCAAUCAUGCGCAUCUGCAACAAGUUCGCACACAUGAGUUCCUGCAGGGCCAAGUACUAGGACUUGAUCUUGUCUAUCGAAACGGACGUGUACUGGUUCAAGGUGUAGUUUGUGAUGGGCCUUGUGGAGCUCUCGUUUACGAAGGUAAAAUCCGCAUUGGUGAUACCGUGGUCGCAGUCAACAAGAAAUCCAUCGUAAACCUUCAUCGCAACGCAUCAUUUGCAGUGAUUGAGAAGGCCAUGCAUUGGGGAGAAGGUAUCGGAAGCCAGAUUCCAAGUCAAGCGUCACGGUCGACAUUUACAUUAUCAUUUCUGUAUCAGCCUACCAUGACUGCGUCAUACACGAGACCUCCGUGUGCGCAGUCACUGUGCGAAGAAGCUGGUGUCCGGAGGUAUGACGCGGAGUGGAAUCGACGGGUGGAAUUUGUUGAAACACCAAAUACGAAGUCUGCUGCGGAAUCUGGCGAUGAGCAAGUGCUUGUGCGCGUGUACUUGCGGAACGAAACAUCAGAUCAUGGUCUGUCAGCCUCACAGGAAUCCAGCAUUGUGCCAUUUCUGUUCUUCUUUGGUGAUGACGCUAUGAUGGAUCACCUCGAUCAUAGCAAGCAAGAUUCGCGCUUUGACGUGCUUUUGGCGGAGUGCUGGGUACCUUUACCGCCAUCUUCUCUCCCUAAUGCAGGAAAUUUGAUGUCGAUGCAUGGAAAUCCCAUGGCUGAACCAUCCGCGCUUACAUUUAACGAACGGAUAUGUGCAUUGUACUCGCCACAGCAGCGUUCGCGCCAACACUCGGCACUUGAAAUGAUUGGUCAACUGCGACUCGCCUUAAAGUGGGAUUUCAUAAACCCGCUCCGGGCAGCUCAUCAACAGAGAGAUCUAAGUCUUCAUUUCCAGCUAGAAGUAGCGCGUAUUUGUAUUUCGGUUGCCGAUGAUGGUGCAUGGAGUUCGAUGGCUUCAGCGACAGGUCCACAACAGCCACGAGAGGUACUCUGCGUUUCUCUAUCCGACCAGAACGCGUCCGCAGGCGUCCAGUUGAGCUACGGCCAAAUAUCUGACGGCAAAAAAGUGUUAAAUGCCCGUAUUGGGCAUUUUCAGAUCGAUAAUCAGCUUCUAGACACGAACUACCCUGUUCUACUGCGUCCAAUUCGUCUGCUAGAUGCGCAAACGCAAGAAGAAGGCUACACAAUGGCGCGUGGCGAAGGAGGAAAAGAAAAUGCUGAAACUGGACAGGUGGAGAUCCCGAUGCUGUUGCCAACAGUACAGCUUAUGACAGUCUUCAGCCAUCAGCCGAACGUGGUUCAGUUUGAUUACAUUUUCGGUCAGCUCCAAGAGCUAGAAAUCAAACUUGAAGACGCGACGCUCGUCUCGUUGGCCCGUGUUUUCUCUGGAGUCAAAUGGUCACACCCAGCUUCAAACUCGCGCAUGAGUAAGCAAGAUAAGCGCUCUAGCGAUGGGUUUGGCUCGAACUUGGCACUCAAGCUCCUGGAGAUCGAAUGGUCGACACCCUCGUUGCUCUCCGCUGCUGCUGGUGGGCGCUUGGACAGUACAACGAGCGGUGGAGGAGCGAACAUGAAGGUGCUUUUGCGAUGGCUUUUGCUGUGUCCUGUAAAGGUUAACGUAACAUUUACGAGUACCGCAGAUCGAUCACUCCUGCUGUCACUGCUGUCACCGGACAUGUCGUCUGCUCUGAGCACGCUCAUUAGUGCAGCAGCAGCUCUUGUUUCAAACCUGGACCAGGCCCCCAUCCGAAUACCGGAGUUUUAUGUGGAGAAUUUGCUAGAGACAACACACACUCUGGCAUUCUAUGCGAUGCAGCAUUACCUGCACCAUGGUUUGCGCAGUUGGUACAGCAUCAUGGGUUCCGUUGACUUUUUGGGAAAUCCUAUCGGUCUUGUAAGCACGUUGGGCACCGGUGUGAAGGACUUCUUUUACACGCCCGCGCAGAUGCUACUGGAGGAUGAGAACGGCUUACGGAUCGAUAAUUUGCGAACCGGCAUGACGAAAGGCUCCAAAAGCUUGUUGCGAAACACGGCUGUAGGUAUCUUUCACACAACUGGCAAAAUCACUGAGACGCUUGGCAAGGGUGUCGCAUUAUUGGCGAUGGAUGAGCAGUACUAUGCGCAGCGACAGCGCGCUUCAACGCGACAAAUAAAAAAGAUCAAUGACAUUGGUGACGGAAUUGCCGAAGGCAGCAAAGGGCUCGUGGGCGGUGUCUGGGAUGGAAUCAAAGGUGUAGUGGCUGCACCUGUGCGUGGUGCAGAACAAGAUGGUGCAGGUGGAUUUGUGGUGGGUAUCGGCAAAGGCGUCGCGGGCUUGAUCGCGAAGCCCACAGCUGGUUUCUUGGAUUUGCUUACCAGUCUUUCACGAGGCGCAAAGACAAGUGCGCAGUCGUUAGACGGUACUGACCGUAAUGCAUACGACGUAAUCACGCGCUUCCGACUACCGCGCCGUAUUUGCUCGGAUGGAGUUCUCGUGUCCUAUAGUGAGCGAGAAGCACGGGGAUACGCUGUGUUGCUACUGACACCGCUGGACGCUACGGACGAGUAUGUGUACCAUGUGGAUUAUGGCAUCGAACCCCACCGCGGACUUUUGCUGCUUACAGACAAGCGCCUCAUUUGUCUGAGUGGCAAGACGGGUCAGAAGCUGUGGGAAGUAGCGCUCGACUCGACGCUGGCAAUUGUUGUCGAAGGCACUUCCCUCAAGAUCGGCCAGAACACGUCUCCAUCCCGAUCAUACAACAUCGAAUGCGACAGCGAGGUGGCGGCAACGAACUUUCAAGUAGCCGUCGAUUCAGCGCGGGUGGACGUGUCGACAACGAGAUAUCUUCUUCUGAAUCUUGAAAAAAGCCAGGAGGAGUCUCGCAUUGCUGGUGGCGGCCGUUUCAGCAGCGCAACAACCGGACUAUUAACCAACGACGAAGACCGCACAGAUCUGCAUGUACUCAUGGAAAAUGUCCAAGACACUACAGUCUCAGGAGUCUCAAACGACGAUCUCCGGUCGCAGCCUCUACGCUCCGUGCGUGUAGAAGUGUGUCAUUUGCAGAACAAGGAUGCCCAUGCCAAUGUCCCGGACCGUGCAAUCGAUAAGCUGCUGUCAUUCAGCGUGUUCCAAGUUCAAGUGUACGGAGGACCUUAUCAGUGGACGGUAUUCCGCCGGUUCAGCGAGUUCCGAGAGCUGUGUGCAAAGCUAGAAGGUGCAGGAUAUGUCCUGGAUGGUCUCCCUCUACUACCGCCACGAACAUUUCUUCCCAGCACGCGUGCUCCGGUUGCAAAACAUCGACAGGACGCACUGAACAUGUUCCUGCAGGCAGCUAUCAUGCAUUCCGUUAUCAGUCGCAGCGCAGCCAUGCUAGACUUCCUUACGCGUGAAGCCCGCGAAGUGCGAGUGAGUUUGCCGCCUCUCUCACCUGCCGGUGACAGGGAAGCACCCCAACGUGGAGACUCGCCGUGA